AUGAACCUCUCUAAGGUCCAGGUCUUGCUGGCGUGGAUUCUCGGUGUAAUUGCCGGUCCAGUAUUCUGCUCAGAAGAUGAGACUCGACUGGUGAAACACCUGUUUACUGGUUACAACAAGGUGGUCCGUCCCGUGAACCACUUCAGUGACGCCGUGUCGGUCACCGUGGGACUGCAGCUAAUACAGCUCAUCAGUGUGGAUGAAGUCAACCAGAUUGUGACCAGUAAUGUUCGUCUCAAACAGAAAUGGCUCGAUGUGAACCUGAACUGGAAUCCGGAUGAAUACGGAGGCAUCAGGAAGAUCAGAGUCCCUUCAACCGACAUCUGGAAACCCGACCUGGUGCUCUACAACAACGCUGAUGGAGACUUCGCCAUCAUCCAUCUGACUAAAGUCCUGUUGGAGCACACUGGGAUGAUCACAUGGAACCCUCCGGCCAUCUUUAAGAGUUACUGUGAGAUCAUCGUCCUCCAUUUCCCCUUUGACCUGCAGAACUGCAGCAUGAAGCUGGGAACCUGGACGUACGACGGCCUGCUGGUCGUCAUCAACCCGGACAACGAUCGGCCUGACCUCAGUAACUUCAUGGAGUCGGGUGAAUGGGUGCUGAAGGACUACCGGAGCUGGAAACACUGGGUUUACUACACCUGCUGUCCCGACACGCCGUACCUCGACAUCACCUACCAUUUCCUGAUGCUGCGCCUGCCUCUCUAUUUCAUCGUCAACGUCAUCAUUCCCUGCAUGCUGUUCUCUUUUCUCACCGGACUGGUCUUCUACCUGCCCACUGACUCCGGUGAAAAGAUGACUCUGUCCAUCUCCGUCCUGCUGUCUUUGACCGUCUUCCUGCUGGUCAUCGUGGAGCUGAUCCCCUCCACCUCCAGCGCCGUUCCUCUCAUCGGGAAGUACAUGCUCUUCACCAUGGUGUUCGUCAUCGCCUCCAUCAUCAUCACCGUCAUCGUCAUCAACACGCAUCACCGCUCGCCCAGCACGCACACCAUGCCCGCCUGGAUCCGCAAGGUCUUCAUCGAAACCAUCCCCAACAUGAUGUUCUUCUCAACGAUGAAGCGUCCCAGUCAGGAGAUCAGACAGAAGAGGAUGUUCCCGACUGACAUGGACAUCUCGGACAUCUCAGGUAACCCGACCCCCACCAGUGUCACCUACCAGUCCCCCAUCGCUAAAAACCCUGACGUCCGCAGCGCCAUCGAAGGGGUGAAGUACAUCGCCGAGACCAUGAAGUCAGACGAGGAGUCCAACAAUGCAGCAGAGGAGUGGAAGUUCGUCGCCAUGGUUUUGGACCACAUCCUGCUCUGUGUGUUCAUGGCCGUGUGCAUCAUCGGGACGCUCGCCGUCUUCGCCGGGAGACUCAUCGAGCUCAACACGCUGUAGAGGCCUGACCCAUGAAGGAGGAGUAGUACGUGUUGUCACAGUUGGAGAUGCACCAGAACGGUGUUUAUCAUCGGUUCAGGUUGUCUCUCUCUCACACAAACACACACAGUUUGAGUCGAUCUUUAAAUCACUCGUGUGUCACCUCUGAACGUGCACGUUUGUGUAUUUACUGAGGAGAACGCAGUUAGAUGCAAAUCCAGGCAUCUGAAAGGCACGAGUCUCGUGAUCGACAUGGAGUCAUACUUGAAGCUGCUCUUGUCUGUUGUUUUUGUAUUGUGUUUUAUUGCCUGUGAUUCACUCUGGUGGGCUCGGAGUGGAUGGUUUUACUCUGAUAAUUAAUUUGUUUUAUCUUUAUUGGCAGCUCGAUGGAAGGUUUGGGUCACAGUGUUAAAACAGACCUUUAACAUGAGACAGUUUUCAUGUCCACUGUGCUGAGGAUCAACUGAGAAUGGAUGCUGUAUACGUGUACUGUCUAUUAACAUUUUGAGUGGAUAGAAGAUUAACCCGUCUCGUGACUUAGAGUGAAUGUCUCGUGUUUAAUUGUGUUUCAAUCUGACUUUACUGACAGUUGUACAGACUGAGUCUAUGUUGAAGACACAGUCUUUGAGUCUUUGAGUGCAGGUGAGAUAUAUUCCAGCCUGGAAGUUUUAUUGUUUUGUUUUUCCUGACACUCACUCGACGUCUAAACUUCUCAUUUAUAUUUAUGGGGUUGUGAAUUGUGUAGAUAUUCAUGGAUUAGUGGGCAAGGUUUGCUUUGUCACGGACGCGUGUAAAUUCCUCUUAAAUCUGCUGCACAGUUUAUUAAGAGCUCAGUAGUUUUUAAUAUUAUUUUAGGAUUCUCAACCACACAGUAAACUGAUGUGCUGUAAAAACUAAAACCUGUUGUAGGAAGAGUUACCAGUAAAUGUAGAGCCAACGAAGGCAUGGAGUCUGUUAACUGUUAUUAAGAUACCACACCUGACAUAAGAAUUAUGAGAUCAAAUAUGUGUUUCUCCUUUAGGGAACAUGAGAUUAAAGCUGAUAAAAACUGUUUAUUGUGCCAGAGUAAAUCAAAUAAACAGUGACACAGCAAAAGCAGAUUGUUGUCUGAUAUCACAGCUGCUGCCGGAGUUAAACCAGCUGAAGGCAACUUGAUUGAUUUUGCAGCUGUGAUUCAUUAUGACAGAAGAACAUCCAUUUAGCUUGGUUUAAUAAUAACAAUAAAGUUCUGCUGUCAUAUUGUGCUGAUCAUUUAUUGUUUUUAUAUAUAUUUGCAGUUGUGUAGAUGUGAAAUAGAAGUGAAAAAUAAAAGACAUUAUUCCUUU